UAUUUAGCAGAGACGCAGAGGUGUUGUUCCACAUUGAGCGAGUGUCAAGAGAAGUGCAGCAGGAAGAGGUUCCGUCAGUCAGCACCUGUCACCAUGAAGACGGCUGUUGUGUUCAUUGUUGUCUGCUGCGCUGUCUCAGCGCUGUCAUCAGCUGAAGACAGGAAGAAAUCCAAACCUUCUGCAUCUGUGUCCCCUGCGGAGCAGUUUGGCAGCUCGGAAAGCCCCGAGCCUACAACACCCACAACCAAGCCUACAACAACCACCCCCAAACCUACAACCACCCCCAAGCCUACAACAACCACCCCCAAACCUACAACCACCCCCAAGCCUACAACAACCACCCCCAAGCCUACAACCACCCCCAAGCCUACAACAACCACCCCCAAACCUACAACCACCCCCAAACCUACAACCACCACCCCCAAACCUACAACCACCACCCCCAAGCCUACAACCACCACCCCUAAGCCUACAACCACCACCCCAAAGCCUACAACCACUACCCCCAAGCCUACAACCCAACCUGUUCCAGAACCCACCCCACCCACCAACUUGACUGUAGGAAACUACAGUCUAAUGACUGACAAAAAAGUGGUUUGUCUGAUGGCCCACAUGGCGCUGCAGAUCCGAUUGGUAACAGCAAAGGCCAAUGGAACCUUUAUUGUUCAGCCAACAAAGACCAAGACUACAGGAAGUUGUGGGGAAACAAAGGCGAACCUGACCCUUGUCUUCAAAGAGGGCUUUAUCACCUUCAUGUUCAACAAGAGCGUCGCUAAUAAUUCUGCCUACGUCGAUGCUCUGUCUUUCGAUUUCUCCUACGCCUUCACCAAGGGAGCUCUAAAGAGUUAUCUCGCCAACAACAAGUCGAUGCAUCUCUUUCCUGCGAAGAUCGGACACUCCUACUCCUGCAAGGGUGAAUCUCUUUACAUGGGGAAUGGACUGUACCUGGAUGUCAAUCAAGACAAGAUGCAGGCCUUCAAUCUGACCAAGAGCGGUGACUUUGGCUCGCCUGACGUCUGUCCUGCUGACAAGCCCAAUUACAGUGUGGCCAUCGGGGUGGGUGUGACACUGCUGGUGCUCAUCGUGAUUGUGGUGGUGGCCUACCUGCUGAGCCGCAAGAGGAGGAGCGACGGUUACCAGACUCUGUGAGGUGGGCCGGGCGGAGGGCCGUAAGAGGUCACCCAGAGGUGACUCCCGUUAGAAACCCAAGUCAGUGAGGCGGUGAGGGGCACUUCCACCGAGGCCUAACCAUUCCUGCCACUUUAUAGUGCUUUAAUGUAAUCAGUAAAUUAAUUUAAAAAGCUGUUAUAAAUUGAUUAAAUUUAAAUGUUGUAUUGAUAAGUUCAAAGUAAAAACAAUAUCAUUAAAUUUAAAUUCUUCUAUUCUGACUCACAAAAAACAUUUUGAAAAGACACUUAUUUUUAACUUUUUUUGGUUCCAUUUACUUAUUCCAUUGUCGCUAAAUUUUAAUCUUGCAGUUGAUUCAUUUUCUGCUGUAACAUUUAGAGUUGUGAUCGAUUUGAUGAGCUGUUUAAGCGGCGGGUCAAAGUCCGGCCCACAGAACAGCAGAUGGAGCGCUGACAUAACCUGGCCUUGGCCUUUAGAUAUAACUUCCAGUUGACACACUUCUUUACACUGGAUUAAAACUUUAAAACACAAAACGAAUUCAUUGAAGUUUAAGCAAAUGGAAUAACAAAAAGUAAAAUUUAAAAACUUUACAUUUGAGUUGUAGUUUUAUUUAAAAUCAAUUAUUAAUUCACUAUUUAGAGAGACAACAAAGAAACAGCAUUAGUAAUUGUAAAAUUUAAAUAUUUAUAUGUUUUUACUUUGAAUUUAAUAAUCUAUCAUUUAAAUACAAAUUUGAUUAAUCAAUAGCUCUUGUAUUAUUAUUCCAGUGGCACACUGCUGACUCCAUACAUAUAGGUUUUAAAAGCCAAUAUAAAACAAUUUGUUUUUUAAAUUUUAGCCCAUUUUUAUAUGAUAUUUUUUACCCCAGAAGAUUACACAAAGUCACUGGAAUUUGACGCCAGAAUAUUUUUCCCAUCAUCCUUUGACAGAAUGUUUCCAUAUUUGGACACUAAACAUGAUGAUACUAACAAUGACAUGUCGAUACAAACUGACAUCACACGUGUGUAAAACUGACCACAGCGCUUCAUCAUAAUCAGAAAGGUUAUGUUUUUACAUUAGACAGCCAGUGUAUUAAAGGGUCAGUAUUGUGAUGAGUUUAUAUUCAGUUUCUUACAAGAGGCUAGUAUUGGUUUCUUAUAUCAGUCUAACCCACAUAACUCUCUCACUGAGCAGUGGAAGUGAAAUAUACAUAUAUAUUUAUACAUAUAUAUAGAUUGAUAUACAGCUUGUUUUGACAAAUACAGUUUAAAUUCUGCAUCUAUGUGUGAGCAUUAUGUGUCAAAUGUUUUGUUCUUCUUCUGCUGUUUUUUUUAAGAAUCAAAUGUUGUGUGUUCUGUCGUCCAGGGAUUUUAUUAUUGAAAAGAAGGGAAUUUAUCCAAUUACUAACUUUACAGGUGAUUAUGAUGUGUUUGCAUUAUUAAUCAGCACAAAAGGGAUAUUUACACAGAUGUUUGUAAGGGAUUAUUUCUACCUUAUCAACAUUAAUUGCACUGAUUGAUGUUCCAGCUUAUUAUUACUUUUGCUUGUUUAAUACUAUAUGUAGCUGAUGCUGUGUUUUCAUAGAAAUGCAAGGAUGGACAAUCCAGGCAUGAACUAGAUUAGAUUUUUAAUAGGUCAUACAUUCAUCACAUCUCAGGAGUCCAUCUCUCCUCCCCCCACCAAGUCCACUUCACUGCCCUGAAGCUAUACUUUGGCAUUUGGGAAAUAUGUUUAUUCGCUCUGCAGCUGUUUCCCCUUGUUCUCAAUCUAUAUGCUAAGCUAAGCUAACUGACUCCUCGCUCUAGCUUCAUAUAUGAUGCACAGUUAUGAGACUUGUAUCGAUCUUCCCGUCUCACUCUCAACAAGGAAGCAAAUCAGCUGUUUCCCAAAAUGUCGUACUGUUCCUUUAAACAUGCAAAAAGUGACGACCAAAGACAGAUUGUGUUGUGCAUUCAUUGCAACAGAGUGGGCAUAACAAAAAAAAAAAAAAAAAAGCAUGUUGAGAAAACAAUCUCACAACAGUCGUUCAUUUAGUAGCUGUUGAUCAUAUCGCAUGACCUUCAUCGACCUACGGUGGCCCUGAGAGCUCAACACGCCGCAGCUUAAGAAAACACGUGCAAACAGACGAAACACAAACAACUUCAAAAAAACAUCUGCAUCAGUUUGACGACACAUGUGCUGCAGAUACACACAACACAACUAUAUACACAAACACUGCAAAUGCUCCCAACACAACGGAAGUGUUUCCAGGGGACACGAAAAAGCGACGAACCCGGCUGUGACGCACUUGCACGGACGUGUCAUGCGACACGUCCGUGCAAGUGCGUCACAGCCGGGUUCGUUGCUUUUUGGUGUCCCCUGGAAACGCUCACACCAUUGUGUUGUGAUUAUUCGCAGCACAUUUGUGUAUUUUAUUGUGUUGUGUGUAUCUGCAGCUCAUGUGUCGUCAAACGGAUGAAUCCGUUUUCCGAAUUUGUUUGUGUUUCGUCUGUUUGCGCGUGUUUUCUUAAGUUGCGGCGUGUUGAGCUGCUGAUGAAAAUAAAAGUUUGAUUGAAAGGUCUGGAACAGUUACUAAAACAAACCCCUGUUGAUGAGAUCGUUUUCUCAAAUGUUGUGUUUCCAAAUCCUCAAAUAUGUUAUGCUGCGUUCAAGUACCUGACAAAAAUGGUGGAAUUGCAACUUUGAAUUGAAUAUUGAGUUUAAAGGGUCAGUUCACCCAAAUCACUGACAGACUUACCGUUUCUCUCCCCCCCUGGUGGCAUCGAGCCGUGCAGGUGGUUUCAGUUUUCUGUGCUCAGGUUGUGAGAUUUCAGCUUUUGAAUCUUCUGCCUUCCACUUUAAUACGACGCAGGUGAAUGAAAUGUUGUUUGUGCUCCUCAGAGCACUGAGAAAUGUAAUCUAAAAAUCACAAACACCAUCUUGUGUUUUCAGAAACCACGUCCUGGUUACUGAGCGUGAUGCACAGAUGUAGCUGGCAACAGUUUUUAUAGGGACUACUUUUUCCAACAGAAAGGAGUUCUGGUGAAAACUGUUGUCAGGCAUGUCUUUGGAUUAUCUGAGGAACCAGGACGUGCUUUCUGGAGAAAUAAGGUGGUGAAGAGUUUUUCAAGUUGUCAUUUUUCAGUGAUGUGAGCAUCACAGUUACAUUUCCACUCUUCUGCAUUGUGUUGGUGUGGAAGCUGAAAUCUCAGAGGCUGAGAUCUCAAAACCUGGACGAAUGAAACCAAACCCAUCUGCAGAGUUAGACCCCGUAAGAGUGACAUGAUUUGUGUGAACUGGCUCUUUAAGCCGUACCUUCACUAAAUCCUCAGUGUUCCGGUGUUAAUGUGAUAAACAGUGGCGUGGUGGGCGGAGUAGACUGUGGAAGUGAUUGACUGGAACAUGUGUCAGCAUCUGCAGUAGUUAUGAAGAGUAAGGGAGCUGUAGUUCGGAUCACUUGUUGAGCUGACGGACUGAGCUGCUGCUCACAGCUGCAGUUCCACAUUUCAUCCAUCAGGUGAUGCUGUGAAGUCAGGGAGUGAAAGGAGAUGAGGGAACUAUACACAGUGUGUGAGCACUUUUACCUGUUGUUAACUUCCUGUGCCAAUAAAGAUUGAUAUAUUCUUAA